CUGCAUAGGUAAAAAAAAUGAGAGGUGCAAUUGAUUCAUCUAUGAUGGCGGUCCAGCGCACCACCGCAUGGGUUGCGCAUAUUUUGUGUAUGUGUCCAAGACAAAACAAAGGAUUUGAUCGGUUCCCGGAUGACAUCUUAGUUAAUAUUUUGAGCAGGCUUCCUGCAGAUGCUGUUCUACAGUGUCGCAACGUGUGUAGACAUUGGAGGACUCUCACUUCCUCCACCCAUUUCAUCACGGUACAAAACCUUAGAGCUCCCUCCGUCAUUCUUCUUGAGGAAAGCUCACUUGAUUACCUUAAAAAAAGAGGUAGAGAUUAUUAUGUUUAUGAUGCAGUUGCCAAAAAGUUGACCAAGAUUUCUUUCAAGUCUAACCUCGGCUUUAAGGGCCGUGCCCAACAGUUUUAUCCGAUUUCUUUAUACGGUGCUUGUGGUCCCUUACUUCAUUUUAAGGCUUCGGGAUACUACAACUGGUCGUGGGGGGCACACGAGUUUGCUUUCAACCUCUUCACUCGACAACUAGGAGCUAUGAAAACCAGAACAAACCAUUCCGUGCGUGGCCUGUUCUUUAAUGAGCCGAGAAAUGAAUACAAUUAUCUAUGCGCACUCCGGCAUUCUGAAUCUGAUGAAGGUCGUCAGUUUUGUGUGUACAGUUUAGACUCCCGCACCGAUGUGGAAAUCGCCCGGAGCCCUUUCUCAUGCAGUUCAUCAUACUCAAAGAGAAACCCAGUUGUUGUGAACGGAGCUCUGUAUUUGAUGGUGUAUCCCAUUGACAAGGACAAAGAUGAUUGCAUGCACGCGAUACUCGUGUUUGAGAUGGAUUCUGGAAAGUUCUACACUUUGCCGCACCCAGAAUUUGAAUGCCCCCGUACAAAACUUCAUCAUUUGGACAUGUAUUUGUUUGUUCAUGAUGACCGUUUGUGCAUCUCCCAUAGUGACAUGGUUUACGGUCCGAGCAUGCUUCCGACCUUGAAUUUGACCGGCGACGUGCUGCUGGUGGAACGCGUGUCACCGCUGCUGGGGAAGGUGGGUCCCGGUGACGUCGUCCUGGUUCGAUCCGUUGAUAACCCUAGAAAGCUUAUCACCAAGCGUAUCAUGGGAAUGGAGGGCGAUUUCGUCACUUUUCUACCUGAACCAGGACUUAGUGACCGCUCUGUCACUGUAAAGGUGCCAAAAGGGCAUGUUUGGCUUCAAGGAGAUAAUAUAUAUGCAUCUAAGGAUUCAAGGCAACUUGGGCCAUUCCCAUAUGGUCUCAUUAUGGGAAAAGUCUUCUAUAGAGUAUGGCCCCCCGAAGGGUUUGGUUCUUUGGGACGACAAGAACUAUAAGUGAACUAUCCCCAAUGAGGGACUGAGAGAUCCUAAAACACAACAAAAAAUAAUGAAAGAAGAUUGAGAAGUGGGAGGGAGAAUAGUAUUGGAAGAGAGGGAUGGUAAUAGUGCAAUCCCUCAGCGUCUUAGAUGAUGAGCCUCAUUCUAUGUUGUUGUUUAGAUUCAAUUUUGAAUCUUAAUUUUGAAAAGUUGGGACUGAAAUUGAAUGGGUUUUGACAACUAAUUCUUUCAUAUUUGUGCUUGCAAACCGGUUUCAAUAUGAAGAUUCUUUGAAAUUUUUUAAUUUUGUUAAUAGGUGCAGCGCAGAAGGUUUAUUAUGUAAUACUUUAAGGGAUGCCUAGACCUUAUCCUGG